GCAACGUCGGUAUCGAACUAAAAUUAUUUUCGUUUAAAUCUUCAACUCAUUUGUAAAUUUUAAAAUUUAACAUUUUCAAAGACGUCAUUUACAACAGGAUAUUUAAAAAAUAAUAAAAAUUUUCUUAAAAGUAUUUAAAAUGAAUUGAAAAUUUUUAAUUUUCUUCGUGUUUGUAACACAUUUUCUUUUCCAUCUGUUUUUUGCUGUCCAAAGAAAAUUUUGUUUGUGAUUUUUCGUUAUUUAUGACAAGCGAAGACUACGUAGACGGCGACAAAACGUUUUUCAAUUUCUUUCUUUGUUUUUCUGUCAUAAUUCGGGUUCUCUACAUAUAGGAUUUUUUUUCUCAGCAACAACAACAAUUACACAAAUUUUGUACACGAGAAAAACAAAGUGUCACAAUACUAAAAAUCGUGAGUAUAAAAAAAGGAAAAAAAAUCAAUUUGUAUAUACAUAACAUCAACCACCCUAAGGUUAAAUAAAUACAAGAACAAUAUAAAUAAUAGAAUAUUUUGAAAACGAAGAAAAACACAACGUCAAGAAAUUUUAAAUCAACAACAAAUAUAGAAUUAUAUACUUAAGUGUUUUUUGUGAUUUUUGAAAUCGAAAAUAUUAACAAACAAAAACUAAACCUACAACAUGUCUGAAAUGGAAGAUGUUAUGGCCACCGAGGAGCAAACUCCCUCCACUGAAAACCCUGCAGCUGAACCAGCUGAUGAAUCUACCAAGAAAACCGAGUUGGUGGACGAAACUAUGGAAAUUAUACCGGGGGAACAAAUAGUCACCGAAGGUGUCGAUGAGGAUGGCGACGAAGUGGAGGAGGUCACCCAAGUGACCCGGAAAGUUGUGAAGCGUACUAUGAAAAUUACUGAGACUUCAUCAACCACAAAAACUACAACAUUAACUACACCCGCCAAGUUGUAUGGCAAAGAUUUAAGUGAAUAUGAUGAAGUAGAUGUUGAAGCCUUAUUGGCACAAUUAUCACCUGAAGAAAUUAAUAUUUUGGCCAAAGAAGUUGAUCCUGAUGAUUCCUUCUUGCCACCAGAUCAACGUUGCAGUUAUGAAUGCACUAAGGAAUCUACCGGUCCCUUGAAUCGUAAAAAGCUUAUUGAACAUAUUAACAAACAGGCCAUAGAAACACCCGAUGAACCCGAAUUUGAACCCUAUGUUAAGGGUACGGUACGUGGUAAAAAAUGGGUACCACCACCACGGGAUGUACGUGAAAUGGAAGCUGAGGAAAAGAUUGCCAUCGAUAUGGGUGAAGAGUAUGAGCAGGCUUUGAGUGAUGCUACACAAGAGGAAAUUAUUGAUUUGGCUGCCAUUUUGGGUUUCCAUUCGAUGAUGAAUCAAGAUCAAUAUCAUGCCUCAUUGUUGAACAAAGGUCAACCAGUUGGUUUGGGUUGGGAUGGCAUCACAAAGUCUACACAACAAAAAGUUUAUCCCAUGGAUCCACCUAAUAAUACAGAUGUCGAUGAAUCGAUUAAACGUGUUAAGGAAGAUGAUUCUAAAUUGAUCGAACUGAAUUUAAAUAAUAUUAAGAACAUUUCUGAUGAGAAAUUGGAGCAAUUAAUUGAAGCACUGCCUCAAAAUGAACAUUUGGAAGUUUUGUCUUUGACAAAUGUGGGUCUAACCGAUAAGACUGCUUUAUUAUUGGCCGAGGCCAUUGAGAAAAGCAAAACCUUGAGAGUAUUAAAUGUCGAAACAAAUUUCAUAAGCCCACCUGUUAUAGUAAAAUUAGUUAAAGCCCUCCUUAAAUGUCGCACCAUUGAAGAAUUCAGAGCUUCUAAUCAGCGAUCACAAGUUUUGGGCAAUAAAAUUGAAAUGGAAAUCACGGAUUUAGUGGAAAAGAACACAUCACUGCUUAGACUGGGUCUUCAUCUUGAAUUCAAUGAUGCCCGUCAUAGAGUUGCUGCACAUUUGCAACGUAAUAUUGACAGAAGUGAAAGUGAUACAGAUUUAGUUAAAUCUUCAUCAUCACCACCACCAUUACAAUCAAUUCAACCAACAUUAACUCAACAAUCAGCUGCAUUUGAAAAUGAUAAAAUUCAAAUGGUUGAAUUAGCAACUUCAUCAUCUAAUGCAAAUUUAUUACAUAAUGAGAAUCAUAAUAAUGUAAAUAAUGAUCAUAAUACUCCGUUCGGCAAUAUUAAUAAUAACAAUGGCAAAAAAACAACUUUUGAUACAAAUGUAAAUGAUAACGUUGCAACAUCAUCAUCUCAGCCAUCACCACCAACAGCAUUAUCAGCUACAUUAUCAUCCAUUGAAGCAUAUGAUGUAAAGGAGAAAUUUUAUGCAAAAACUGCUGAUAUAGCUACAACAAGUGUUGUUGUUAAUAAUUUAUCAUCAAAUCAUAAAAAUAAUAAUAAUAAUAAUAGUAUUACUAAUGCUAACAUUGGCAAUAGCAUUUGUAAUAAUCAUAUGCAUAACUUCGAUUCAAAUGCAAAUAAUGUCAGCAACAAUUUAUCAUUGUCAUCGACAUGUUUCAAUGCUCCAUUACAGCAGCAAUCACCAACACUCACUGUUACGGAUGCUUUAGUUAUAACAAAGAGUUCAAAGGAUACAGAUGAAAAAGAAAUUUAAAAUUUAUCACAUAAAUUACAAUUAUAUAUUCAAUAUUUAUUCAAGUUUCUUUCAUUUUAUUCUAUGAUAGGAUAUUCUUUUCCUAUUUUGUUCGAAUUUUAAAAGUUAUUCUUUUUUUAUGACCUAAGACUUUUAUGCGAAACUUUCGAGUUUUAUACUUGUGGUAGUUCCAAAAAUACUGGUCGUCAAAGCUGUUGAAUUAAAUGCAAAAAAUAAAUUUACACUUAUAAUACAGUUUA